AUGACCAUACGCAUUCACGAAGCUGAUGGCACCCCGUACGAACACGUCUUGGACAUUCGUAGUCCCUUCAAACGCUAUGAGGUGCCUUUCAACACCAAGUAUAAGCGUGUGCGUAGGAACACGAAAAGGUAUCUGGCACGACAAGCUGCUGCCCAGGCUGCGGCUGAAGGCGAUGCUGAGGCUGCUGAGGCCAUGGGGAUGGUCGAUAUUGGUUUCGGCCUCGAAAUCUGGGAGAAGGAACAAGAACGGGAGAACUGGAAGGUCGCGGAUUGGACUGAAGAGGACGAAGGCAUCAUGAGUGGAGCCACUUAUGAGUGGAUUCGAAUGGAUGCAGAUUUUGAAUGGAUAGCAAACAUCAAAUUCGAACAGCCCGACUUCAUGUGGGUUUCUCAGUUGCAACGAGACAGAGAUGUUGUCGCGCAGCUCGAGGCUGUGUACGCAUUGGCCGAGAAGCCCACGGCAAUUGUAUCAAGCACACUGACCAAAACGGUAUUGGUGUCGAACUAUUACUAUCGGAUUCGAAGCGAAGCAGCUUUGGCUUUGUGUGCCAUUCGAAAGCUCGAUUUCCUGGGAUUGUUUCAUCUGUUCAAGCUCUUUCUCCGUUACUGUUACGACCCCGAAGAUCCCAACCAGGAUCUUUUCUCACAUAAAUAUGUUCCAAAGCCCAAUGACUUCGCCGACUUGCCAGAGUACUUUGUACGCAAGAGCCUGGUAUCCGCCAUCUCCCAAGUCCGAUUUGAGAACGGCAAAACACCAACCGUUGUGCGACAGUUCUUCAUCGACCAACUGCGGUAUAACGACAACACCUCCAACCUUUACUCCGAUGGCUUGUAUAUCAGCACCGUUAUAUCUGCUGCCGCUUACGCCAACAUAUCGACUGCUCCCCCAGAACGCGGAGAACUACUGCCAUCGGAAACGCGCACAGAAUAUACAACCGAGGACAUGGACCUUGUAAAACUCACUCGCACAGAAGUCGACCGCUAUCGUAGCAUGGAUCGGCUUAUCCCGUCUCCUCACAAUAUUGUGACGAUUGCGGCUAUGGAGUUUUAUAUGGCGCUCGGGAUCGCAAAUCUAGUUCAUACUCAUCCCAGGAUAUUCUUCCCCUUCACGAGGGAGGGAAAUUACACUCAAGUUCGCGUUGCAGCCUUCGAUGGCCUAUUCCUCACUAAAUGGUACACUCCUCAAAUAAUGCGGUACAUCCUCGCCGUUAUGGCGAACGAUUCGUGUCGUGUAAUCAGGCGACAUGUCGCCCGGAACGCUUGCUCGAGCUUGGCACUUCUUGUUCAAAUGGGGGAGAUGAAAGCAACUGCAAAAGAGUCGGAAUCCCUUUUGAUUGAAGAAGAUGGCAAUUCUCAAGAGAAGCUGAAGGAGUCAAAGAAAAGCGAGAUGGAAACCAUGAUCAAGGUACUACGCAAAGACCGCGAGGUUGGUAAAAAUGAAAUAUUGAGGGAGUUCCUCAUGCCCAUCGCUCUCAACCCGGAUGUUGACCAUGAGGCUAGGUGGUGUAUCCUGAAACUAGCGGACCUCCUCAUUCGUCCUGUUGAAGAAGCUCCGCCGUCCGUCAAGAUCCAUAUUCCCAGCACGCCUGUCAUCGAAACAGCCCCUCCUCUACCAGCGGUCAAGGUGCCAGGUAAAGCGCCUCGCAUUAUCAAAUCGGGUGGUCCACCCAGCAAAGCCCCUCUUGUCACUUUGAACCCUCCGACAAAACUCAGGCUCCCUGCCAGUCCCCAUCCAGACGUCAACCCCCCGAAGUUGCCAAACACCCCGGCUGCAGAAGCACCAAAAAAGGCUGUCGUUUUUACUCACCCUGCAAAUAUCCUUCCAGCACCCAAGGUCAAAGUGAAGCCUUCAGCGUCGAAGCCUUCAGCGUCAAAGCCUAAUGCAAAACCUUCGCAUGUCCCAAAGCCUCAAUCAGGAGGAAUGUCUUUGAACGAUCUGAGAGCUUCUCGUAACGCCUUGAAGAAACUGAAGGCAAAUAAGCAUGCGGGUCCUUUUCUGCAGCCUGUUGAUCCUAUUCGAGAUCACGCUCCCCACUAUUAUGACAUCAUUAAAGAUCCCAUGGACCUCAGCACUAUGGGCGCCAAAUUGGAAGAGGGGAUGUAUAAGGAUAGAUUCUCCUUCCAGGCUGAUUUUCGCCUCAUGAUCGCUAAUGCCAAGACCUACAAUCUGCCUGAUCAUUUCGUCCACAAAGAAGCAAUCACUCUGGAGACUUUCUUUGAGAAACAAUGGGCUAUCAUCAACAAAACAUUGGAAGCAGCAGAUAAAGCACGUCCUCCUCCCCCUCCAACACCUGCUACUGCACCAAAAGCCACCCCACGCAUUCUCCCUCCUGUUCCGAAAGCAUUCCCAGAACCCGGUGUCGUUCCGAUCCCUGCUGUUCCACAACGGCGUGAUUCCACACCCUCGGCAGCAUCUUCGUCUCGUCCAACAAUUAAACUGAAAGUUGGAUCCCACCCUCAUGCCAAGGGGCCAGAGCCGGUACAGAUCCAGAAACCUCACAAGAAGAAGCCGAAAUUGACGGACUCGCCCUCGAGCUUGGUACUUGACGCCCCACCGCCUCCGUAUGUCGACGAUGGAUCACAUGACUUGCUUCAAGAAGUUCUCGCCAUUGAACGUGAGAAAAACGAGCAGCGCCAGCGUUCCUUGGCUGAAAGGCACACUCCGGGCGUUGUGGUCAAUGGCAAGCGGAAACAUAUUGACCUCGACGAAGACGAAAUCCUAGAUCUUGCAACCUCGCCCAAAAAGGAAAGACCGUCGCCUCCAGGACCAUCCAAACCGCAUCCAGGACCUCCCCACAAGCCUGUUCCGCCACCAAUCAGAAUCAAGAAAGACAACCCUGUGGAUUCAUCACGCCCUGCGACAGCCACGAGUUCUCCUGCUCCUGCUCCAACUCCUGCUCCAACUCCUGUUUCUGCUCCUGCUCCCUCGUCGAAAGGGAAAGAGAAAGAAAGGGACACAGUUACCUCUUCGGCUCCCUCUCCUGCGCCCCGUAGACCCAUGCAAGCAACACCUAUCAACCUGAAGAAAUGUAAAGAAUUCCUUAAAGCAGUCGUCAAAGUACCCGAGGCUCCUAUCUUCCUUACUCCAGUUGAUCCAGCCCGUGACGGUUGCCCCACUUAUUUCGACGAAAUCAAACAUCCCAUGGAUUUCGGUACUAUAUCUAAGAAAUUGGACGAAGGCAAAUAUGCGACCAUGGAGUCAUUUAAGGCAGACGUGGACCUCGUCUUUCGCAACUGUUAUCAAUUCAACCCACCAGGUACUUAUCCUACUGUUUGCGCUGAUGCGGUCGAAAAAGUGUCUCGGAAGGAGUGGCCCAAAGCUCUGGGGCGCAAGUUGGCCAAGGAGGAAAAGCGUGGUUUGCAGGGCAUCAUGACGACUUUAUUCAAGGACCCUGCAUUUUGGAUUUUCUUCGAACCAGUGGACCCGGUUGCAUUGGGUAUCCCCACCUAUUUUGAUGUCAUACCUCGCAAGGAUGCCCGCGACUUGAGAACCAUUCGACAGAAACUGGACAGCGACAAAUAUGAAACACCUGAAGCCUUCGAAGCCGAUCUCGAAUUAAUGGUGCAAAAUGCAAUCAAGUUCAACGGGCAGGAGUCAGAGGUUGGCCCAAUUGCUCUAGCCAUUCAAAGACGAGUUCAAGAGCUUAUGAGCGCCUGGCGCUCCAGCCUUGCGAAGAAGCGGAAGGAUGCAGACUAUGGGACUCCCCAACCGGCCAAGAAACUGAAGAUGGGGUGA